AUGGGUUCUUUUCGAAAUGAUGGUUUAAAAGCUGCUGAUGUCCUUCCUAUACUGAAGGAGAAAGUGGCCUUCGUGUCAGGUGGCCGUGAUAAACGAGGUGGUCCUGUCUUGACCUUCCCAGCCCGCAGCAAUCACGACAGAAUAAGGCAGGAAGACCUUCGGAAACUUGUGACUUAUUUGGCCAGCGUGCCAAGCGAGGAUGUUUGCAAACGAGGAUUCACUGUUAUUAUUGAUAUGCGGGGAUCCAAAUGGGAUUUGAUCAAGCCUCUCCUCAAGACCCUUCAAGAAGCUUUUCCUGCUGAGAUUCAUGUUGCCCUGAUUAUAAAACCUGAUAAUUUCUGGCAGAAGCAGAAAACAAACUUCGGCAGUUCCAAGUUCAUCUUUGAGACAAGUAUGGUAUCUGUUGAAGGCCUGGCAAAACUCGUAGAUCCUUCUCAACUGACAGAUGAGUUUGAAGGAUCCUUGGAUUACAACCAUGAUGAAUGGAUAGAGUUGCGCGUCUCCUUGGAAGAGUUUUUCAACAGUGCCAUCCAUUUAUUAUCAAGGCUAGAGGAUCUCCAGGAAAUGUUGGCUAGGAAGGAGUUUCCAGUUGAUGUUGAGGGCUCAAGAAGGCUGAUUGAUGAGCACACGCAGCUUAAGAAAAAAGUGAUUAAAGCUCCUGUGGAAGAACUGGAUCGUGAGGGUCAGAGGUUAUUACAAUGCAUAAGAUGCAGCGAUGGUUUUUCUGGUAGGAACUGCAUUCCUGGAAGUGCAGAUUUUCAAAGUCUUGUGCCAAAGAUCACCAGCCUUUUAGACAAGCUGCAUUCUACCCGGCAACACUUGCACCAGAUGUGGCAUGUCCGCAAGUUGAAACUGGACCAGUGCUUUCAACUCCGGCUUUUUGAGCAAGAUGCUGAGAAGAUGUUCGACUGGAUCAGCCACAACAAAGAAUUGUUCCUGCAGAGUCACACAGAGAUCGGCGUGAGCUACCAACAUGCCCUUGACCUACAGACACAGCACAAUCACUUUGCCAUGAAUUCCAUGAAUGCCUAUGUCAACAUCAAUCGGAUCAUGUCUGUUGCGUCAAGGCUUUCUGAGGCAGGCCAUUAUGCUUCCCAGCAAAUUAAACAAAUAUCCAGCCAGCUGGAUCAAGAGUGGAAGAGUUUUGCUGCGGCUCUGGAUGAGCGCAGCACCAUUUUGGCGAUGUCUGCUGUCUUCCACCAGAAAGCUGAACAGUUCCUUUCAGGUGUGGAUGCCUGGUGCAAAAUGUGCAGUGAAGGAGGCCUCCCCUCAGAAAUGCAAGACCUGGAACUGGCCAUCCAUCAUCAUCAGACCCUGUAUGAACAAGUAACACAGGCCUACACAGAGGUGAGCCAGGAUGGAAAAGCCUUGCUGGAUGUUCUACAGCGUCCCUUGAGUCCUGGGAAUUCUGAAUCCCUCACUGCUACUGCAAACUACUCCAAGGCUGUUCACCAGGUGUUGGAUGUGGUACAUGAAGUCCUGCAUCACCAGCGGCGCCUAGAGAGCAUCUGGCAACACAGAAAGGUCCGGCUACAUCAAAGGCUGCAGCUCUGUGUUUUCCAGCAGGAUGUUCAACAGGUACUGGACUGGAUUGAAAAUCACGGGGAAGCCUUUCUGAGUAAACAUACAGGAGUAGGGAAGUCUCUACACAGAGCACGCGCACUGCAGAAAAGGCAUGAUGAUUUUGAAGAGGUAGCACAGAAUACGUACACCAAUGCAGACAAGCUUUUGGAGGCUGCAGAGCAGUUGGCUCAGACUGGGGAAUGUGACCCUGAAGAGAUCUAUAAAGCAGCUCGGCAUCUGGAAGUACGGAUUCAGGACUUUGUCCGGAGGGUGGAACAGAGGAAACUUCUCUUGGACAUGUCAGUCUCCUUCCAUACCCACACCAAAGAGCUGUGGACAUGGAUGGAAGAUCUGCAGAAGGAGCUCUUAGAGGAUGUCUGUGCUGACUCUGUGGAUGCAGUUCAGGAGCUUAUCAAGCAGUUUCAGCAGCAACAAACAGCCACCUUGGAUGCUACCCUUAAUGUUAUUAAAGAAGGGGAAGAUCUAAUCCAACAGCUCAGGGACUCUGCUGUUUCCAACAAUAAGACUCCACACAAUAGCUCCAUCAGCCACAUUGAGUCUGUCCUUCAGCAGCUCGACGAGGCCCAGGUACAGAUGGAAGAGCUCUUCCAUGAAAGGAAGAUUAAGCUAGACAUUUUCCUUCAGCUCCGGAUUUUUGAACAGUACACCAUUGAGUUCAUGGAGCACCUUUAAGUGUUUUAUGAUGGUAUUCCUGAAGGUGUUGUUUGUAAAUCUGUAGUAAUCUCAAGGUGGGUACUGGUAUUUAAUGGGAGCUUUAGAAUGCUGUGUUAUACUUUGUAAGUAUUUAUUUUGAGACAUGGCAUAAUGAUUUAUAGUAGAAUAAAAGGCUGGAAACAGAGGGGUUUAUGUGUCUUGAUCUAUAAUUGGAUACCAGAGAUAGAAAUCAGUGACGAUUAUCUGAGCUUUCCUGUUGUGACUGUAUAGUUAGCUAUUACACUGAAGUCAGUUCUACAGUGCUUGUUAUUUAUGUAAAUUAGAAUAGUUUCAUUUUACUUGCCAGAUAUACACAGCCCCCUUGAUAUUGAGAGACAGUAUUCUUUGUGAGUACGUGUGUAUAAGUAUAAAUGUAUGUAUUUC